AUGUUGAUUGUAGUCGACGCUAUUGCGAAACAUUCAAAUCGCCAAGCGGAAAUAGCCAGUAAACAUCAAUCCGCCAAGGAUAAGGAAGAAAUCCAAAGGCUGACAACCCGGUUCCACGAAUCUUUGCUCAAAAUCGAGGAGCUCGACAGGACUUUUCAGUCUGAGCAGGUCUACUCUCAGCAUCUUUCCCGCUCCCUCCAGAAGCGGAAGAAUUUUGCCCGUCAUCGCGUACGCAUGCAGGUGUACGCGGCUCAGCAUGACACAGAAUCAGACUCGCCGCCCCGCUACACCGCCGAAACGAGACCACCCACUGAAGCUCCCGCGCGCGCAGUCAGUGCUCCCUUUACCGACUUCUGCGAAAAAUUGCUGUACCAGAAUAAGAUAUGGAAGCAGCAGCGGGAAAUCAAGAAUCUUCAGAUCGCUCUUUGCGAGAUCAAGGCAUCCAACGCUGAUAACGCCUUCAAGGCGUUUUGCGAUAGGCUACUCCUGUCAAAUAAAAUCUGGAAGCAGCAGAAGGAGAUUAAUAGCCUGAUGGCGGAGGCGGAAUCGCUGAAGAAAUCGCGGGCAGCAGCCGUUGCCCAUGCAGCACAACAAAUGGCGGACGAAGUGACGAAGGAGAGGUUGACGGAGGAGUACGUGAAGGAUCUUAUCGCGGAAGUAGGAGAGUGCAAACAGGCUAUUUGCACGCUUCGUGUUGAACACGAAGAAGAGAUGAGGGAGCUGGCCAACCUCUAUCGCAAGGAUUAUCUCAGAAUGGCUAAAGAAAUCGAACGGUUGAAGUUGAGCCUGGAAUCCCGUAUAGUGGAACAGGAGCUUUCAAAUCGUGUGGAGGACGAACUCGUUGAACGCCUCGCUCACCUGGAAGAACACGACAUUACACUCGUCGGAGAAUCAGGUCUUGAAUCCCCAAACUCCUAUGCCGAUUACUACACGGACGACACACUUUCCGAGUCCGAGCUGGAGAACAUGUCGAACAUGUCGACGUCUACCUGCGUUGGUUCAGGAGGCGAACGUUCACGAAAAUCUUCGUUCGAGCAAGGACCAGAAGCUAAGCCUGCACCCCAGACCCCAGUGAGGUUGGUCUUGCGCGAACCUCCUUCGUCGUCGACAAGCACGCCGUUGUCGAAAUCGCCUACCCCAAGGAUGGAUGAGAGCUCCUAUGUUGGAUUUUCAUUCAACCCAUUGUUUUUCGGAGGCGAUGCGCAAAGUGAUUCGCGAAAACACGUAGGCCCUAUUUCAAAGGCGGAUUUCGUUGCACAACAAACAAAGCGUGCUCAAUGGAGGAUGUGA